AAAAGAAGAAGAGGCAUGUUGCACAUUCUAUGCUCUCUCCAAAAUGUUUCAACGCUCAAACUCUAUCUUUCACCUGCUCUCAAUUCGUUACUUCCAAAAAAAAAUAAUUCGUUACUUCCAAUUCAUUCUUGAGUUUAAAGAAUCAGACUUUGCUCUCGGCUCUGCAAAUUAAGAGCCCCGUUGUAUUCACUGUGCAGUCCAUCUUCAAAGUGGGAUAAGUCCAUUAACUUCUCCUGGGUGUGUGAAGAAAGCGCAGAGUUGUAGCAAAAAGUUAUUAAAGAUGGCAUUGAGGUGCUACUUGGGGUUUUUAGAUGGUGAGCUGAUGAGGUCGGAUUGUAAACCGUGUUCCAGAUUGAUGAGACAGACUGCCGGUAUCUUUACAGUUGGAGGGGCAUUUGGAUUCUGGAUUCUUUGUAGAUUGCAUUAUGGUCCCAGAAUUACAGUUCCUAGGGCACUUCGAUGGGGAGCUUGUGGAGCUUUAUCUGUGAGCUCAUCCACUGCUUUGUUGGUUCGCUUGCUUAGUCCAGAAUGUGAGCCCCAAAACAUAGAAACUUAUGAUAAGGGAAAGUAGCACCUUAUCA